AAUGUCUAAUGAUGCAAAAGUUUAUCCAAGCGACAGACCACCGUCUCGACUAUCUCAACUAUUAACUUCCAGAAUAGAUUUAAGAGCUGAAGAGGAGUUAAAAGACCCGGCUUUCAAAAGAACUUCUACAUUUGGUCUAUCGAAAUUUGAAGAUGAUGAUCUGGAAAAAUUAUAUUCUCAAUAUAUUGCUAUAACGAAAUCGCCAUUAAGCGUUUCUGCUAUUCUGCCUACCACUCAAGAUAUUGUCCUGCUUGCUAACAAGCUUAAUAACAUGCCUAGUUCACUCACUGAUAUUCUAUUUAACAAAAAAUGGAGAUUACUCUACGCUGGAAAUGAGGCUUCUCAACGAAAGGCGUUUAUUGAAACAAAAAAGAGUUUAUCUGCAAAUAUAUUAAUAGAAGAAGCAACAAAAGAGCAAGAAAGACUCUUAUUGUCAGUUCUACCAAAACACGUUGCCGAAGAAAUGGUCAAAGAUCUUGGUAUAACAGUUGAUAGUCAGUUUCGUAAGAUAUAUAUGAAUCGGCAUGAGAAUGUCAGCAUAUUGUUUGCUGAUAUUGUCGGAUUUACUGCACUAUCAUCUCGAGUAUCAGCAAGUGAACUUAUCAAGAUUCUUAAUGACCUGUUUGCCACUUUCGACAAACUAGCACACAAAUAUCAUCAGUUAAGAAUAAAGAUAUUGGGAGAUUGUUAUUACUGUAUAGCUGGAUGCCCAAUUCCGAGAUCUGAUCAUGCUGUUCUAUGCGUCCAUAUGGGGUUGGAUAUGGUUGUUGCUAUAGCUGAAGUUAGAAAGAAAACUCAGAGCGGCGUCAACAUGAGGGUUGGCAUUCAUACUGGAGCGAUUUUAGGCGGUGUUCUAGGCCAGCAUCGAUGGCAGUACGAUAUCUUGGGCAAAGAUGUUACUCUGGCGAAUAAAAUGGAAAGUGGGGGUCUGCCGGGAAGGGUUCACGUAUCGCAAGCAACUGCAAAUUUUUUAAAAAAAGAAUUUGAAUUAGAAAAUGGCGAUGGUGAAAGUAGAGAAGAGGAAUUGAAACGAGAGAAUGUCAAGACAUUUUUAGUAAAGAGUGUCCUUAAAAAAUUUCCUAAAGGUACAUUAGAUGAUAUUAAACAACAAGGAAAGAAUAAAACCGAAACAAGCGUGAAUGAGACAACUGUGAUAGAAAGUAAUCCAAGUUCGAAUCAAGAACUUAGCUUUGCCAAAAUUGUUGAUGCUUUACAAGACAGAGAAUGGGGAAUAAAUAUCUUUAAGAAGCUUAGGCCUAUAUUUCAGUUUAAAGAUGUUAAAUUGGAAAAGACUUACAUCCAAUCCAGAUAUUAUCACAACUGUCUAAUAUCCACUUCUUCACCUUUAAUAUUAUUUGUUAUAACGAUAUCUGUUCUGCUACUUUCGGAGGACAAGCUUUUUUACACAGCUCUACAUGUAGCAAGUCUUAUAAUUUUGGUUAUUAUGAUUACGUUCAAUUUUUCCGGCGUAUUACACAAGAGAUUUCCUAGGCCUAUUGUCGCAGUUUGUAAGAAAUUUCUUUUUCGAAGAUGGUUCAGUCAGUUUUGGUUGGGAACUAUGACUCUAUUAAUAGCAUGGCCAUCUAUUGUUAUAUUAGCAAAAAAUUCUGGAGUUAAAGUUCCUUUUGCAGUAUCGAAUUGUAUUCUUAUCUUUUUUGCUACAGCUUUAUUGCCGUUAUUGAAUGUUCCAUGGAAAAUUCUCAUAUCCUUUUCUCUAUGUGUCAUAUUCAGCAGUUUAGAUCGUUCAACUGAAUCUAUGGCUAUACUAUUCUCCUCAUUCUUGUGUUUUAUAGUUUUAUCAAUCAAGUAUGAUGUAACUUUAAGAAAGUUUUUUAUACAUCGAAUGGAGGUUGAUGAAGCUCGGUCGCAAAUUGACGAAAUGAAACGAAAGAACGAAUCAUUAAUUUACAAUAUUCUUCCUCAUCACGUUGCAAAGGAUUUUGUUGGCUCCAAUAGAACAGAAGAUGAACUAUAUUCUCACGCAUACGAAGAAGUUGGAGUCUUAUUCGCAGCCUGUCCUAACUUUAACGAUUUUUAUACUGAAGAUUCUGUGAAUAAUAACGGGUUAGAAUGUAUUCGAUUAUUGAAUGAGAUAUUAUCAGAUUACGAUGUCCUAUUGACAUCCGAAUCAAGAUUUGAAUCUGUAAUUAAAAUUAAGACUAUCAAUUCUACUUAUAUGGCAGCUAGUGGAUUAAAUAUAGCAAAUAAUGCAGAAAGAUGGAAGCAUUUGGCCGACUUAGUUGAAUUUGCAAAACAGAUGAAAGUUGUCUUAGAUAGGGUUAAUUCUCAGAGUUUUAAUAACUUUAUGCUCAGAAUAGGUCUAAAUCAUGGUCCCGUCCUAGCAGGAGUGAUUGGUGUGACUAAACCCCAUUAUGAUAUUUGGGGAAAUACGGUAAACGUUUCUUCAAGAAUGGAAUCAACUGGACAGAUGGGUAAAAUUCAGGUAGUUGAAGAAACGGCGAAGAUUUUAGAGAAAUUCAAUUAUAAAUUUGAAGCCAGAGGUCUUGUAAGAGUAAAAGGAAAAGGAGAGUUGAAAACCUUCUUUUUAGUUGAUUGA